AUGAGGGUCGUCAUCACACUGCUGGUGCUGCUGUUCUCCAUGUGUGGAGCUCAGACUCAGAGCACCCAGACUGAAGUUCAGACAGAGAGCCAGAGCACUGGGGCUGCUGCUGCUGUGGUCACUACCCAGCUGGACGUCUCUGCUGAGCUCAGGGAACUCAGAGAUACCAACGAGCUGUACACAGUGGGGGCUGAGAACAAUGCUCAGAAGACAGAGCUGGCCGUCAUGAGAGAAAGACUGGUGGCCAGUGAGACUAAAGUGGACGCUCUGGAAAGAGGGAAUGCAGCUCAACACACAGACCUGACCACUAUGAAGACAGAGGUGGAGAAUCUGAAGAUGGAAACUGCAGCACAAGAGACAGAGCUGACAGCAGUGAAGACCAGACUGACAGCUACUGAGACUGAUGUAGUGAAUCUGGAGAAAAAGAUCACAGAGCAACCCAAGGUGGCAUUCUCAGCAGGUCUGACUGACUCAGGAUUCAUAGAGUCUGGGAAUACUGACUUGAACUUGGUCUUCACUAAAGUCAUCACCAAUGUUGGACAGGCCUACAGCAGCACAACAUGCUUCUUCACAGCUCCAGUCAGGGGAGUCUACUACUUCAGAUUCACUGUCAUGGAUGACAUAGUCUCACGCUAUAUGCAUAUCAAAAUGUUAAAGAAUGGAGAGCAGAUCAUGGAGUUAUAUGAGUAUGAUACAGAUGGACGUCCCUCCUAUCUGUCCAGUGGUGUGACUCUGCAGCUGGAGGUGGGAGAUGUAGUUAACAUGCGACUCCCUGCAGGCCACAGGCUCUAUGAUGAUAAUGCUAAUAAUCACAACAUAUUCAGUGGCUUCCUGCUGUUUCCUCUCUGA